AUGAGAGCCGCGACGACGCCUUCAAGAAGGGAACGAUCUUCGCCGCCGCCGGUCCGUCCGAAGAUAGAGCAGGUUUUCACCUCGGCCAACAUUCACCACCACCGGACGCCACACCCCGGCAACCACGGCGCCCACACGGCCAUGGUGACCGGGAAGCACCAAGACCCGCCGCACCCCAACGAAAGAGACGAGCGGAAAGGUCCCACCUUUCGCGCCCCUGGGCGACCCCCAGCGUCGAGACCCAAUAGGUCGGCCAGAACUGGCAUCCACCGACCCGUCCUGCUGCCCCGAGCACGAGACGAGCUCGGUCUUGCAGCAUCGAGAGGGGGACGAGGUCAGUCCUGCUGCACCGUGCGCGAGACGAGCUCGGUCCUGCUGCAUCGUGCGCGAGACGAGCUCGGUCCUGCGGCACCGGGCGCGAGACGAGCGGUGGACCGCAGCUGGGAGAGGACCAGCCCAUUGAUGGGAGUAGCGCCCGGGCGACAAGGAGAUGGGGUGAAGGUCGAGACGGCCCGAACGCAGACAAGCCGACACCGGAGAAGCCGGCCGCUGCCGCGGGCAGAUCCAUCAAGCCACCAUGAAGCCGCCACGACACCGGUAGGCCACCACCGAGACCUACCCAUGCCGCCGCCAACGGCCGGAGCAGUGGCCACGCCCGGCCGCUGCCCUACCCGCAUCGCCCGGCGAGCUCCAAGCGCCGGAGCCGCCGGGCACGCACCACCGAAGCCAGGCGCCGCCGGCCGGCCCCCAAAGCCAGAUCCGGCCGGAUCCGGCAAGAGACCGGCCGCGCGCCACCUCCCGAGACGGGAGCACCGCAGCUGCCCCGCCGCGCGCGGAACGAAGGUUGCUGGAGCGCCGCCACCAGCAGGCCACCCCGCCGCCCCGCGAGACCGCUGCCGCGCCGCUGGAUCCCGCGGACGUCCAGCGCCGCCACUCGAAGGAGCCGCCCCGCGUCGGCGCCCACAAGCGGACGGGGAAGAAGGGCCCCGCCGCCGCCGCGCCCCCCGGGCUUUGCCCGACGGAGCUCGCCGGCGACGGCGGGGGGAGGGGAGGGAGGCGGGGACAAAGGCCGCGGCCGCAGGGGUUCCCCCCGGGCGCGCGCGGGCGCGCCGCGGGAGGGGAGGAGAGGGGAGGAGAGGGGAGAGAGGAGGGGGAGCGGGGCGGGCCUGGGAGGCGCGCGCCCGGCGGCCGGUGGCGGCGGGGAGGCUAGGUCGCCGGCGGCGGCGGGGGUGGGAACCCUAG